UCCACUCACGAGUCACGAGCUCGCCGAUGCUCCGCUCACCCGCCGCUUUGCUCCUCCGCCGCUGCUGCCUCCACUCGUUCGCCCCUCCGGCUCCGGCUCUCCAUUCCUCUUCGAAGGAUGCCUACUUCGCUGCGGUCAGCCACAUCGCUGGCGUCGUUCGCCGCGAUUUCUACCUUGAGCGUACCCUCGGACGCAUGCGCCUUCCCCCUCCCACCUCCGACCUCGUCCUCCGCGUCCUCCGAGAAGCCGCCCACAGCGCCCCCCUCUCCGCCCUCCGCUUCUUCGCCUGGGCUCGCAGCUCCUCCUCCUACCGCCCCUCCGGCCCCGAGUUCGACGCCCUCAUCCUCCCUCUUGCCCGUCACCGCCACUGGUCUCAGAUGUGGAAGCUCGCCGAGGACAUGCGCUCCCUUUCCCUCCCACUCCUACCCUCCACCUUUUCCGCCGUAAUCGAAGCUUACGGUGAUGCCUCCCACGUUGAUCUCGCCGUCGACGUCUUCAAUCGCCUCCCCAAGUUUGAUUGCCCCCAGACCACCGCCGUCUAUAAUGCUCUCCUCUCCGCCCUUUGCCGCGUUGGGAACUUCCAUGGUGCAUACGCCCUUAUUCGCCGGAUGGCCCGCAAGCAGGUCCUCCCUGACCGCCAAACCUUCUCCAUCCUCGUCAAUGCCUGGUGCGCCGCUGGCAAACUACGAGAAGCGCAGGACUUCCUUGAGGAGAUGAACCGUCGGGGCUUCAAGCCUCCAGUCCGCGGUCGUGACAUCCUCAUUGACGGCCUCGUCGACGCUGGUUACCUCGAGUCCGCCAAGUCGAUGGUGCUGCGGAUGACCAAGGAAGGCGUGUUGCCGGACAUCACCACCUUCAAUUCACUCCUUCAGGCGCUCUGUGAUUCCGGGGAGACGGAUUUCUGCGUGGGGCUACUCCAGGAGGCAAGCGACAUGGGGCUCUGCCCGGACAUCUCAACCUACAAGGUCUUGAUCCCGGCAGUCUCCAAGUCAGGGAAGAUUGAAAAAGCCUUUAAGCUGUUUUACAGCGCAGUGGACGAUGGAAAUAAGCCAUUUCCAAGUUUAUAUGCAACCAUAAUCAAGGCAUUGUGCAAGGCAGGGAGAUUCUGUGAUGCAUUUAGUUUCUUUAAUGACAUGAAAGGCAAGGGGCAUCCACCCAACCGGCCAGUAUUCACAAUGCUUGUGAAAUUGUGUGUCCGUGGUGGGAAGUUUGUGGAGGCUGCAAACUAUUUGGUGGAGAUGACAGAGAUGGGAAUGGUGCCGAUGUCACAGAGCUUUGAUAUGGUAGUUGACGGAUUGAAGCAUUGUGGGAAACAUGAACUUGCAAUGAGGAUGGAGCAGAUGGAAGUAUCACUCAGAAGCUACUAGUGAAACAAUCAUUCUUGGGUGGAUGUUUUCUUUCCAAAGGAAGAUCAAUUUUUAUCAGGGAUUUUUUCAUGUCAUAUGGUCGACCAUGAAGUCCAUAUGAAGGAGGCCCUUCAACUUGCAAUCAUGUACACUAUCUCUUUUCAAAAGCUCAGGUAUAAAUUAUGAAUUGCUUUCUUCUA